AAAGUGAGCAGGGCGACGAAACUCUAUCGUCUUUCAUAGCGGACCACCGAACCUGUGUUGAGCUACGAUAACAGCAUCUUCUGCUGUUAUUCAGCUCUCGCACAUCAAUGACACGAAACAGUGUUGAGACGUGCUUUUUUCAUACGAGACUAUUUUCAUAGACUACUUCUUUUUUUUCUACUGAAUUUUAUACAUCCGUUUUUUUCCCUUUUCUUGUCGCCAUGGUGCUAGGAAAAGUCAAGAGCUUCGUCGUGAGCUACGACUGUCACAAUGACAGCAAUGUUCCCGUUUUCUCCAGCGGGGACUGUGUCUCAGGAAGAGUCAUAAUCGAAGUGACCGGAGAAAUUCGCGUCAAGUCUCUUAAAAUCCAUGCAAAAGGGUUCGCAAAAGUGCGUUGGACUGAAUCUCGAAAUGCUGGAUCCAACACUGCCUACACUCAGAAUUACACAGAAGAAGUGGAGUACCUAAAUCACAAAGACAUCCUUAUUGGCCAUGGAAGAGAUGAUGAUAACUCUGAGGAAGGUCUCACCACAAUUCAUUCAGGAAGACACGAGUAUGCAUUUAGCUUUGAGCUUCCACAAACACCUUUGGCUACCUCUUUCGAAGGGAAGCAUGGCAGCGUGCGGUACUGGGUGAAAGCAGAGCUGCACAGACCAUGGCUUCUGCCCAUGAAGACCAAGAAAGAGUUCACUGUUUUCGAACACAUUGACAUUAACACUCCCCUCCUGCUGUCUCCACAGGCAGGCACGAAAGACAAGACACUAUGCUGCUGGUUCUGCACCUCAGGUCCAAUCUCCCUAAGUGCCAAAAUUGAAAGGAAGGGUUAUACCCCAGGAGAAUCGAUUCAGAUCUUUGCAGAGAUUGAAAACUGCUCCUCACGCAUGGUCGUGCCAAAGGCUGCCAUCUACCAAACUCAGACCUUUUAUGCCAAAGGGAAGAUGAAGGAGAUCAAGCAGCUUGUGGCCAACAUCCGUGGGGAGUCACUGCCUUCUGGCAAGACAGAAACAUGGAAUGGGAAGUUGCUGAAGAUCCCUCCUGUGUCACCGUCCAUCCUGGACUGCAGCAUCAUUCGAGUGGAGUAUUCACUCAUGGUCUAUGUGGACAUUCCAGGAGCUAUGAACCUGUCUCUCAACCUGCCUCUGGUGAUCGGCACUAUUCCUCUCCACCCAUUUGGCAGCCGCACAUCCUCAGUUAGCAGCCAGUGUAGCAUGACCAUGAACUGGCUAGGGAUGAGUCUCCCAGAGAGACCUGAAGCUCCUCCAGCUUAUGCAGAGGUGGUCACAGAGGAGCAGAGACAAAGCUGCCUGGAAGUGUCCUCCGGCCGUGAAGAUUUUGAAGGCCCACUGUUUGCCUACAUCCAAGAGUUCCGUUUCCAGCCUCCUCCUCCAUAUUCUGAGAUUGAUCCAAAUCCAGAUCAAACCAGACAGCCAGAGGAGCAGAGGCCCGACACAUGUCCAUCACGCUGAAAAGCUCAUAGCAUCAGCUCAGAGCAGUCGUACCCUUCAAACUUUCGACUUUCAGUUUUUCCCGGAGACAACAAGCACAUUUGUGCUGCUGUCGAUGCCGAGAGAAAAUGAACAUGCAGGAGGAAGGACAGUAAGGAAGUGCAGGAAGUUGCUGCCAUGUCACUUCAUUCCUGCCACAGGGAAGUGUGAUCACAUUAAUCAUCUGUGUCGAUCCCUGUGGACAGAUGCACCUGGUUGGACUGCAACACCAGGGUUUAUUCAGCCUAGUUUCUGUUGUCCUCAUGCUUCUUUCUGUUACCAUGGCACAAAGUAAGGUUCUGUAGCACCGAGCUACCUGGAGACAGACAAAUAUGCAGAGGAUACACUAUAGCCACCACCUGCAGUACAAAGGAGAGAAAACUAGAAUCUCUUGCUUCUGUUGUGGAUUUUUGCACAUUGUUCUUUUAGCUUGAGUUAUAAGGCUCAGUUUGAAAAUCACUAAUUGUUUUUGUUUUUCACUGUCUUAGUCUAAUAUGACUAAAUGUUUGCAGGCUUGUUUUGCUUUAUCCGCACAGCUUGACAAGAAUAGAUUCAGAGACAAAAAUCUGACAGAGAUUCAGAGACUCUAAUCUGGCUCUGAUUUAAUUUCAGCUGUUCUCUUAGGUGGUUUUAUUUUUCUUAAUUGUGUUCUCUGUUAAGGACAUGCAGAUGACAAACUGCACCUGGCGGCAUGCAGCACCUGAAAAGUCCUUCGGGCUUGGCAUUGUUGCCUGUGUGACUUGUAAUAGCAGUGUGACUUUUCUGUUUUUUUUUUCCUCCUGUUCCACAUGGACACCAUCUAUAAGUUUUAAACAUAGAAUGCCUUUAAGCCAAUCUCCGUUUGUUUGGGGAUUAUGCUCUAGCGCAUGUUUUGUGGUAGAGAACAGAAGACAUUUGCCACUUGCAUGUGUAGACAGGGCGGAGAGAUAAAACAGGGUGGAACCCAGCAGUUUGCCUGCAGAAGGCCUGAACAGUUUGUUGCCUUUUUUUAUUUGUAGUGUAAUACAGUGCAGGCUCCUACAUAGUACUGCCUAAAAAGCACUCAGUCUCAGGAGAACUUCUCACUUGCCAAAAGGUUGGAAACAAAAAUAUAUAUGGAAAAAGACUAUGUUUCAAUUGCACUGUUUGAAAGCAAAAAAGGAUGUAAGUGAGACAAAAAAAGUAGAUUAGAUUAAAAGAACAGACAAGACAAUGCACAAGGCAGCUUUCUAAGAUGAACGACAUUCCCUUUUUGUCCUGUUGUAUUUCAUUUUACUUUUGUCCUAACAUUCCUCCAGGCCAGUGAUGGCAGAUAUGAUUCAAAGCAAAACGUGAGAGAACAAUGACUGAGACUCUGAAAGGACCCACAAAGAAAUUUGAUGCAGCCUAAUCUGUGGCUUGUACCAUGUUGAAAUGAGGCAUACAUUAGUUUUUAGAACUCAUUCAACAAAUGCAUUAAUGCUCCGCUUCUGCCAAACCUUUAUUAUUUUUUUUCUUUCUUCAUGAUUCAAGAUUAAUCAUGUCCCACUGAGGUCUGGAGGAAGUUUGGCCUUCAGCCAUCUCCCAGUAAAAAUGUUUUAAGCAAUGUUUGAUACAUUGCUUAAAUUUAUAACCUUGAAAGGAUGCUACGGAUGAUCAUAGUUAAGUAGCUGAUGUGUGCUUGUAUGUGUCCUUUGUGGAUUCUCAAAGGGGUGUGUAGAUUUAAAUAAGUUUUGGACUUCUGCUUCAAACAUACACAGACUCAUUAAAGUGGUCUUAUCAUAGUGGCCUUGAAGAACUGACCUGGUUCAUCACUCGCAUUCAUUACAACUCAGAACCUUCUGGCUGUCUCUGUGUUGUCUGAAGCAUGUUUAUGUUUAAAAGGACAAAAAGGGAACCCCAAAUAGUCCUUCAAAGCGAGCACUGAUCCCCAGACAUGCCACUCCGAUUUGCUAUGGCUUAAAUUUUGUUUUGUGAUGACUAGCUUUGAUUACCAUUAUGGGCAUUUAAGUCUUGCUUCCUGGUCAGAUGAUCUGGAGUAGUCCUGUUUCCCUCACCUGGCUUUAUUUUGGGAACAAUAGCUGUGGUCUAGCACACCUUCAGAGAGCUGGGUUGCACGUAGACAGAAUAGUUAUCGCUGUUCUGAGACACUACAACUCCUUUCUUGUUUAUGUCUGUUUUGUUCACUUUAUUUGUUUUUGGUAAUCCACAACUGGCUAGUUAUUUGGGCCUUAGGCAAAAACAAUAAGCUUACAACAAAAAGUUCAUGUUUUGUUCUUUCAUGGCCAGUUCCUGUGCUUGGCCUUCCAUUUAGUCCAGUGUUAAAGCUAAAUUCUUCACUCUCUAUUUGAGGAAUGAAUGAAGUUGGUCGAUUUGUUUUUUAGAACCAAAGUGCAAUAUUUCUUUUUUUUUUUUCCUGACAUUGGUAUAACCCUGUUUGUGUUUUAUUCAGUGAUCAUCAACACUACGUAACCAACAAAUUUUAGUUCGGAAUGGUUUUGAACUUGUCUUUGUUCUUCCUUGGAGCUAAAUAAAACUUUUCCAAGCAUUAAAA